AUGGCCUCGGAAUUUGGGUCUCAUGGUGACCGCGGACCUCGUACGAAGCAUCGCAAAGAAAAGCCCGUGUCAUCGAAAUCAAAGGGUAGAGGACGCUCCCAAGACAGGGGAUUUGUGACGGACGGGGAAGACGAUUUCGAAGAUUUCGACAGGGUUGCCGAAGACCGGCGCGCGCGCAAAGCGGAGAAAAGGCGUCAGCGUGAAAUAGCGGCGUCGGCGUCGGGGCCGACACCAAUCCUAUUGCCACAGUUUAUCAGUGUCUCAGACCUGGGACAGGCUCUUCGCGUAAAGCCACAAAUAUUUAUGCAACAACUCGGCGAACUUGGCUUCGAGGACAUAACUCUCGAAAGCGUCAUGACAGGUGAGACGGCCGCGCUUGUCGCGCAGGAAUAUGGCUACGAACCGACGGUGGACACUGGCGCGACGAUCGACCUUAAGCGCAGCCCACCACCUGAAGAUCCUUCAACGCUACCACCACGACCGCCUAUCGUGACGAUCAUGGGCCACGUCGACCACGGCAAGACGACGAUGUUGGACUGGCUACGCAGUUCGUCUGUGGCUGCUCAGGAACACGGUGGAAUCACACAACACAUUGGAGCCUUCUCCGUCGCGCUCAAUAAUGGGAAGCAAAUCACAUUCCUGGAUACGCCGGGCCAUGCGGCAUUCCUGACCAUGCGUCAGCGUGGUGCCAGUGUUACUGACAUCGUGAUUCUGGUCGUGGCUGCGGAUGACGGUGUCAAACCGCAAACGCUGGAGGCACUGAAGCAUGCACGAGCCGCUAACGUACCAAUCAUUGUGGCCAUCAACAAAGUUGACAAAGACGAGGCCCGUGUUGACCAGGUCAAGGCCGACCUUGCACGUCACGGCAUCGACAUCGAAGAUUUUGGUGGCGAUGUGCAAGUUGCAUGCGUGAGCGGGAAAACCGGUCUUGGCAUGGAUGUACUCGAAGAAAAUAUCCUCACUCUCUCCGAGAUUUUGGAUGUACGGGCGGAUCCCAACGCGAUGGCCGAGGGCUGGGUGCUCGAGUCGAGCGUGAAGAGCAUUGGGCGGUCAGCAUCUGUCCUGGUGAAGAGUGGCACCUUACGCAAAGGUGACUUCAUUGCUGCCGGGACCUCAUGGGCCAAGAUUCGCUUGAUGCGGAACGAAGCCGGUGUGGAGGUCGAAGAGGCUCACCCAGGAACCCCAAUCGAGAUCCUGGGCUGGAGAACCCUUCCUGAUGCCGGCGACGAAGUUCUUCAAGCUCCGACAGAAGCGCGCGUCAAAGAGGCGAUUAGCUACCGCCUUGAUGCCAAAGAACGCGAAAUGGCGGUCUCUGAAGGAGAGGCACAGGAGCAAAGAGACAAAGAAAGGGCAGCGUUGGCCAAAGCGGCGGCUAUCGCUGCCAUGACCGAAAAUUCCAGGCGAAAGCCAAAUGCCGCUGCUGCGGGUGAUAGCGCAACGAGGGAUGCAGAAGAAGGCAAUGGCCUAAAGACAUUAAACUUCAUUGUCAGGGGUGACGUUAUGGGCUCUGUUGAAGCGGUAUGUGCGGCCAUUAUGGAGAUUGGUAACAAUGAGGUCAGGCCAGUGGUGCUGCGCUCAGCGCCUGGUCAGGUUACGGAAUCUGAUAUUGAGCACGCUGCCGUAACGAACAGCAUCGUGGUCAACUUCAACUCGACGCUACUUGGCACAAUCAAGAAGAUGGCCAAGGAUGCCGGCGUUGCGGUUCUGGAUUACACUGUCAUUUACCACUUGGUUGACGAGAUCAAGGACAGACUUUCAGAGCUGCUGCCGCCGAUUAUCACGAGUAAGGUCCUGGGCGAAGCCGAGGUUUUACAGGUGUUCCCGAUCAACCUGCGCGGCCGUGUGUUCAAGAACAUUGCCGGAUGCCGAGUGCGCAACGGCCAAGUAACCCGUACCGGCUUAUAUAGGCUGUUCCGGAACAACAAGUUGAUUUUCCAAGGUAAAUUGGAGACUCUCAAGCAUGGCAAGAAAGAAGUAAGUGAGAUGCGCAAGGGUACUGAAUGCGGCAUGUCGUUUGAAGAAUGGGAAGACAUCGAGGUUGGCGACAAGAUCCAAGCCUACGAAGAAAUCCGUGAGAAGAGGCGACUAUAG